UAUCUUCGAGAUAAUUUCAAAGCAAACAAAAAGCUUCUUUCCUCUCUCCCUACAUAGAUCUGUGUUUCCUGAGAAUCAAACUAGGGUUUUUGGAAUUACAGUAUUGAUUUUCCGGCAAAGUUCGUUCUCGAUAUUUAUUGGUUUUCCGUUACUACAGCUAAAAUUCUGGUAUUACAGCUAGAAGCUAAAGAUGGGGACAAGUUUUGCGAUAGUGAUAAUCAUAUAGUGCAAUAUCCUAUUGUGGAUGUGUUUGUGAAUUCCUUCCAAGAGUGAUAACUGUGCAAGGAGGUGGUUUAAUCAAGUACUGUGGGAAAUUAAUCUACAGUUAAAUAUUGUAAUCAGUGAUAGGAGCAAGAAGAAGUUCCUCCACUAAAUAGUAGCAGCAGCAUGAUGUUAGAAGAGGACUUAUGGGCGGACGCACGUGAUUUUGUGUUGCCUAAUACCUGUGGCAAAAGCUCAUUGAAUGUUGGGACAUUGCAUCAUUGCUUCAAACGUAAAAACGUAGACUCCAUUGACAGUGACUUCUGCCAAAAUGGCCCCAUUUUGGACAACAAGAAAGCUGCCAUUGGGGAAAACUCUUGUAGCUUUCCACUUGGUCCCAUUUCUCUGGUAGAUGAUGAUCUGAGUUGUUUUGACAACAACCGGGUGGAUAAAAACACUAAUGAUCUCUUGUAUUAUAACUGGUCUGAGAUGGGGAACUUUGAGGAUAUUGACAUGAUGUUCAGUUGUGAUUCGACAUUUGGACUUGGAGCCAGCAAUGAGGAUGACCUUGGUUGGUUUGCAUCAUCAGAUACUAUUGAAGGAUCUGGAGAUCGAUUGAGGUCAGAUAUUCAGUGUCAAAACUCAACAUCCAGUGCACUGAAAAAAAACGGCAGUCUUGAAGUUUCAAGAACGGAGGAAAUGGGCAGUUCAAUUAGUGAUUCUGGCAUUAAAAGUCAACCAGUUAGCUAUAAUGGAAAUUUGUGGCCCUCACAGAAAGAUGAAUUGGCCAAUCUGAGCCAUCUGUCUUUUGUGAAUGGAUCAAGUAAUUCAGAUUGCAAACUAGUACCUCUAAAGAAAAAUAAUAUAAGUAAGAAGCACGCAAAUCACCAGAACCAAUCGGAAGGAAAGAGAAAAUGUGUUUAUAUAGAAAAUGAUGUUGCCUUGCGUAACAUUGAUGGCCUUUCAGAAGAGAGAAGACAUUCUACUGAGGCCACUGGACCUAAAGGCAAUUUGAUAUCAUCGGGUAUUCCUCAGCAAAAUGAAGCUCAUGAACAUGAGACUGGUUACUUACAUAGUGGCGUUUCUUACAUGUCUGAUUACAGUCGUUCAGAUCAAAUUGUCCAUCACCCAACUUCAUCGAUUACCAAAUCUGGAAAUGAUGGUUCCAUGUCCCUUUCACCAAAUCAUCUGCAGUGUAGGCAGAGCUCUCCUGAUCCUUCUUUUCAGAUGGGUACUAUCACAACAAGUGAAAAGGUGGAGGAGAAGCUACUUCAUCAUUCUGGAAUUAAGUUUGAAAAUAGCAGUGAUCCUGAAGGCAUUAGCACGAGAAUUCCACCAGAAUUAGGUUCCUCAAUUAUAGCAGAGAGCACUUCCAUUAGUUCUGGGUUGGAUGAAGUAGCAGAAGAAACUGCUGGAUUUCAUCAGCUUCAACAUGUCACAGAACGGGGUGGUCUUUUUGGGCAUGUUGCGGUUGGAGAUCUACUAAAGCUAAACUGUUUCAUUUCUCAUCAUCUAGUUGCACACUUGGAUAUAAGGACAAAGCUCUGCAUAAGGGAUAGCUUGUACCGGUUGGCUCGGAGUGCUGAACAAAGGCAUAGAGAUGCUAAUGUCAUUAAUGACUCUGGAGAUGAUAGAGAUACAAGCCAAGCAUUGACUUGCAAAAGGACAAACAAGUGGCAAGGGUAUAUGGACAUGGAAAGAGACACCAAUUCUUUAGAUCGAUCUAUUGCACAUUUGCUCUUCCUCAGGUCUUCAGGCUCAUCUGUAACACCUGCCCCUGAUUCCUUGGCUUGAGGUCCUCUUCCACGAUCCAUGGUUCUCUGAGUUGCCAGCUGGUGAUGUCUGAGAACUUGAUUUGUCGUGGAGAAAUGCAGCUAACGAGAGCAAAAAGUUGCCGAUAACUGACCUUAAAUACUUAAAAAAGCUUCAAGACCGAUGGUGGUGUCUGCAUUCAAUCAUUAUGCUGGCCAUGUAUAGGGCCUAUCAACAUUUUACAAGUGAAGAAGAGUAUGAAGAGCGUAUGAAUGUACAAAGGACAAUUGCCAACAUAUCAAAGAGUGACAGCAUAGUGGAGUCUACCUAAACAUUGGUUCUACGUGGAGAAAUAAAGGGUUGAAUAUACUUGCCAACCGCGACUCAAACAAUUUGUAAAUUCCACUCAAUUGAUGGCUUAGAGUAUACUAUGUUGAUGCACAGACUAUUGCGCCUUAGCUCUCUCUCUCUCCCUCUCCCUCUCGAACAGUCUAGUGUUGGGAUCUUGGGGGUUAUAAUUGGCCUAUGAGAAACAUUGUUAGUGUAAAAUGAUAUUAUCAAUACAUUUGCCUAUAUAACUUACACGGUAAUUUUUAUUUUGUGUAUAUGGCUAUGUUUUGUCAUUAUAUGAGAAAGAGAAACAUUGUUGUAACAUGUAAAAGAAUUUAUGUGA